AUCUCUUUGCAUAUCUAGGGUUUUUUGUGAUCUCAAUUCUCUCUCUACGAUUUCGCCUCCUCUAUCAGCAAAUCAUGCCUCGCCGAAGCUCUGGAAGAUCUGCUCCUCGUCCUGCCCCUCGAGCUGCCCCUCGUCCUGCUCCAGCCCCAGCACAUCAUGCUCCUCCACCAGCUCCCAUGCAAAGCAGUGGUGGGGGAUCCAUGCUUGGUGGUAUUGGUUCUACCAUAGCUCAAGGUAUGGCCUUUGGUACUGGAAGUGCUGUGGCACAUAGGGCUGUAGAUGCUGUCAUGGGUCCACGCACUAUUCAACAUGAAACUGUUGUUGCUGAGGCAGCAGCAGCAGCUCCGGCUGGUUCGGAUGCUUGUGGUGUGCACACUAAAGCAUUCCAAGAUUGCAUUAAUAGCUCUGGAAGUGACAUUGGCAAGUGCCAGUUCUACAUGGACAUGUUGUCUGAGUGCAGGAGGAACUCAAUGAUGAAUGCUUAAGCUUAUUGGUUGGGAGUUAAUAACUUUGAACUCAUUCUUUAAUCUGAUUGUUAAAAAAAGAUUGAAUUAUGAUCAAGAACUAGCUGGGACUGAUUUGGCAAGUGAAUUUGGUUCUUGAUAUACCUUGCCUCCAAUAAUUAUUGGGCUGAAGCCUGAAGUAUUGGACUUUUAUGGACCUGUCCAUGAUAACUGUAUUUCAGUUUGCUUUUAUGCUACGAUUUGCUACAUUUGGCUUCA